AUGCAUUCUAAAAGUCAAUCCUGCGCUGUCCCAUCUAUUGGCCUUGGACAUUGUGGAUACGGCGGUGGAUACGGCGGUGGAUAUGGCGGUGGCAUCAUCGGAGGUGGUGGCAUCGGAGGUGGCAUCAUCGGAGGUGGUGGCUUCGGUGGCGGCGUAUCAUCCAGCAGCCUUGGCAUAGUCCCCGGGGCCAAUGUUUCCUGCGUCAGCCAAAUUCCAUCAUCAGAAGUGGUGAUCCAGCCAGCUCCAGUUGUGUUGACCAUCCCAGGACCCAUCCUCACUUCAAGCGAGCCAAUGUCUGUGGGAGGUUACAGUCCAUGUGCUUCCGGUUAUGGCUAUGGGUCUUCUGGUUAUGGCUAUGGGUCUUCUGGCUAUGGCUAUGGGUCUUCUGGUUAUGGCUAUGGCUCUUCUGGAGGUUACCUCGGUGGUGGCUACAGCGGUGGCCAGUCAUCCAAGGGCCACCCCUGCUAA